AUGGCCGUCAUUGGCCGAGAGGUCGCGCCCCGCCCAGCUCCCCCCCCCCCCCGGCCUGCUGCGGCGCCGGCUCCUGCUAGAAAAUCUGACGGUCCAGAGGAGUGGCUCCCGGUCUCUUGUGCACUUGUGAGCCUCGCCCGGCCGCGUGGGGUAGGAGGGGGAAUGAGGAUCCCGGAAAGACGGCCUCGGGCGGGGCGCCCGCUGACGUUCAGGGACGUGGCCGUGGACUUCUCCCGGGAAGAGUGGAGGCGCCUGAGCCCGGCCCAGAGGGCCCUCUACCGAGACGUGAUGCUGGAGAACUAUGGGAACCUGGGUGGCUGUGGGGCUUCCAGUGUCCAAACCCGCCAUGAUCUUCCUGUUGGAGAGAGGAGAAGCGCCAUGGAUGCCCGAGUGAUUGGUCUUCCCUCCCUUUUUCUCCUCGGUUGUCUUGGGUCAGCGGGAGAUAAAUGGUCAAAAUCUUCCAAAGAACAAACCGUUCCUCAGAAUCUCUCGAUCUGGAGCUUUGCCUCUAAGAAUGUCCGAAAGGGAUAUUACCUGAGUCCGGACGCUAGAUGCAAAACCAAGGAUUCACUUUUAACUGAGGGUGUUUGCUCAGGAACAUUGGCCCAAGAGAGAUUGCCAGUGGAUAGUAACUGGUAUCCCAGGAUGGGAGAAACUGAGGAAUGGGAAGGUAGGUUAGGGAGACAGGCAGGCCACCAGGAGAGACAGUUCCAACAAGUGGCAAUCACUCUGAAAAAAGCCUUUAAUAUGGGGAGUGUACCUGAAUGUAGCACAUUUGUUAGGCGUUUGAACCUGGGGCCAGUCUUUUUUCCACAAUGGCGAGGUGACAUGGGAGAAAGAUUCCAUAAGUAUGAUGCAUCUGGAAAGAAAGCCUUUGGCAAAAAAUCUAAUCUUAAUGUACAACAUAAAAUUCAUACUGGAGAAAAUCCAUUUGAAUAUGAUGUGUGUUGGAAAACCCUCAGGAACAGGGAAGCACUUAGUAAACAUCAGAGAACUCACAUGGGACUGAAAUCUACACAAUCUGACAAAAGCUUCAGUGAUGAUGGAAUAUGUAUUGGGCAUCAGAAAUCUCACUCUCAAAGGAAACCCUUUGAAUGUGGUGAAUGUGGGAAAUCUUUAACUACCAGAAAAACCCUCACUAAUCAUCAGAGAAUCCACACUGGAGUGAAACCUUUUGAAUGUAAAGAAUGUGGCAAAGCCUUUCUUCAGAAGGGAUACCUUAAUAGACAUCAAAGAACUCAUACUGGAGUGAAACCUUUUGAAUGUAAUGAAUGUGGCAAAGCUUUCUCUAUAAGGACAUCCCUUAUCACCCAUCAGAGAAUUCAUACUGGAGUGAAACCUUUUGAAUGUAAUGAAUGUGGCAAAGCCUUCACUGAGAGGAGCCACCAUAUUAGCCAUCAGAGAAUCCGUACUGGAGUAAAACCCUUUGAAUGUAAUGAAUGUCAAAAAGCCUUCACUUGGAGGAGAAAUCUUAUUAGCCAUCAGAGAAUCUACACUGGAGUGAAACCCUUUGAAUGUAAUGAAUGUGGAAAAGCCUUGCUUCGAAAGGCACACCUUAAUAGCCAUCAGAGAUCUCAUAUAGGAGUGAAACCCUUUGAAUGUAAAGAAUGUGGGAAAGCUUUCUGUGAGAAGACAUACCUUAUUAUCCAUGAGAGAACUCACACUGGAAUGAAACCCUUUGUGAUAAAUGUGGGAAAGCCUUCAUUUGAAAGGAAUAUCUCAUUACUCACCAAAGAAUCCACACUGGAGUGAAACCUUUUACAUGUAAUGAAUGUGGCAAAGCCUUCAGAGAGAGGGGCAACCUUAAUAGCCAUAAAAGAACUCACAUAAAAGUAAACCAUUUUAAGCCUUCAGUGAAAGGGACAACCUUAAUAACCGUCAGAGAACUCACACUGGAUUAAACUAUUUGAAUGUAGAAAAACCUGCACUAGGAGGAGAAGCCUCAUCAGAGAAUUCAUACUGGAAGGAAACCCUUUCGAUGUUGUGAAUGUGGGAAAGCCUUUGGUCGGUGUGAAACUUUAAUCAUCAGUGAAUUCACAUUGGAAUAAAAACUUUAAUAUGUAAUAAAUAUGGGAAAACUUUUAAUGAUGGGAGUGGAGCAUCAAAAGACUCAUCCUAGAGUGAAUGAAGUGAUAGCAUGAAAAGCAUGAAAAACUUAAAUAAUGGAGAGAAAAAAAAAUUAAAUAUAAAUACAUAAUUAUUUAAAUAUAACAAGUAAAUAAUUUGAUCUUUCA